CAUACAUACGUCUUAUGUGUAUAGAUAAACGCAUACGCUUCCUAUCUGUUGAAUUUCUCUCUCUCUGUCUCUGGUUUUAGGUUUCUGAUUUCUCAGAUUUCUCGUGUUCUCUGCCGUAGAUUAUUGUUCGCGUGCUGGCAGAUCCGAAGUAUUUAUUCGAAGGAAUCCGAUCUUUCAGAGGGCUUUGAAUCUUUCUCUAGAGUUGUUGAUUCUCUCUUGAACCCCAUGGGAGUUGCAGUUCUUCACCCUCAGGAUGUCCUUGCAGAUCGGGGCCAUGCCGUAAUCUACCGCCACAUGAAGCCGCGCAAAAGCCCUAACCCUAGCUCCGGUUCUACGAAAUCGAAUCGUAGAAAAAAUAGUCCGGAGAAGAACAACAACAAGAAUAGUACUAUCAACAGUUCUACCUCGAAAAACCUGGUCAUGGGACAGGUUAAGAUACUGAAACGCGGCGAGGGGUUGAAGAUUCCCGACGGUGGGGGGACUGUUGUGGAAUCUGGCGAUUCGGGGUCGUCGUCGUCCGCGGGACGAUUGGGGCCGGAGCCGGAGAUUGUGCCGGCGGAGUUGAAGGUUCCAGUCGACGAGAUGAAGGUUGCCGAAUCGGAGUAUUUGAUGUUGUCGUCCACGGGUCGGUUGGGUCCGGAGCCCGAGAUGUUGCCCAAACAAGUCGGCCUCAGCGAUUUCUAUGCUGGGUCGGCGUGUAUUUCUUCGCCGCCUCCGAGUUCGUUGCCAUUUCCAUAUUCGUUUGUCAAGAAACACGUUUUGGGUUCUAUCGACGAUGCAUCAAGCGAUCUCCGGCGACUGCUUCGUCUCGAGAUUUGAUUGAAGUGGUGUGUUUGUGAUGGUUAAGCUUUGCCAGUGCUUUUACCUUUUUUCUUUUUAGCUGAAACGGAGUUGUCAGUGCUUGAUUGUUCCGGUUGGUGGUCUCUCCCUUAUUUUUUCAAGGGGAGAGGGCUAAUUGGAGAAGAAAGAUGUCAGCUUCUGUUGUGUAGUGUUAGCUUCUUUGUAUAUAGCCUGUUCUGACACUGAUUUGGCUAUUGGGGAAGUGGGUAGUGUUGGUUGGUUUGUUGGUUGAUUUUUCUUCUUCUUACAGUCUUUUGGAAGUAGUUUGUGCUAGGCGCAAGACAAAUGGUGGGGUUUCUCCAUAGGUGAUUGUAUAUUGUCUUGGAUAUAACUCAUCCCUGAAUCUUGUAUAACAGUUAAUUUACAGAUAUAUAAAUUAGUUCCUUUUGGUU